AGUAAAGCGUGAACCGUAGUUGUUGCAUGGGAGCGUCGCGCGCGCACGCGUGGUUAAUGAUUUAGAAAAACGAAUUAGAAGUCAUUGGUACUGAAAUGAAAUUGUUUUCAUAAGUUAUAUUCCAGUGUGAUGUGAAUUUUGUUGGAUAUUUUUUUUGUAUCUCAAGCGACAUUUCCAGUUCCGGCCUCGCGAAAUAUCACUGGGAUACGUAAAAACGUCUUGGACAUCUUCCAAACAUUUUGACACUUUGAUGGACGAAAAUAGAUUUAUAUAUUUAUAUCUACAAUGAAAUAUCCAGGAUUUGUUUUAGGUAUAACUUGUGAAAGAUAUCCGAGAGAUCCGAGAAUAUUCAUGUUAUUAAAAUUAUAGUGAGCAUCGUUUAAUAUUACACAUUAAAUGGUUUAUUUUGUGUAUUAAACUCUACAAAAACUCAAGAAUGAACUUUUAUAAAGUUUUCCAAGCUGAGUGCAUUUAAGGAAGAUCAAUGAGUGCUAAGUUAAAUGAUAUAAAAGAGUGGUACGGUGCAGUGUUUUGGACGAACUUCUGUGAAAAUGUCGAAGGAUUCAAAUUUCUGUGUCUUGGUGAUAUUAACAGUGCUACUGAACCAGAUUAAGACUAGCGAAGAAAUUGUGGAUGCAAAUGUUAUACAGGUGUGGUCAGCGCCUGGUGGAGAGACGCGACUUCCAUGCGACCUGGCAGCUGCAGUGCACGAUGUUGCGAUGCUGAUGUGGUUUAAAGAUGGCGACAGGAUGCCGAUAUACACAGUUGACUUUAGAAACGGGCACCCAGUACAUUGGGCGGUAGCUGGAGAGUUCGGGACUCGAACCCACUUCGCUCUCAACGAAUCCGAUCCUUCAUCAGCCCACCUCGCCGUGGACAAGGUGGCGCGCUUCGAUGAAGGCCUCUACAGAUGUAGGAUAGACUACAUAGAUUCACCGACACGAAAUUAUAAAGUUAAUUUAACUGUCAUUGUGCCUCCGGAUUCUCCGCGAAUAUACGAUUCCGAAGGUCGAGAGAUUUUGGGAACAACCGCGGGGCCAUUCCGGGAGGGACAGGAUUUGUUGUUAUCCUGUCAAGCGUCAGGAGGUAAGCCCCCACCCGACGUGUCUUGGUACCGAGGCGAGGAACGACUGGCGAUUACUCGGGACGGUAACGUGUGUCAGAUACAUUUACCUUCACUGUCCCGAGAGAUGGCUGGGGUGAAGCUGCAGUGCAAAGUUGAGCCACCACUGCUGCAACCGCAAGUCAGGGACGUCACUAUUAAGUUAUACUUAAAACCGCAAUACAUCCGCGUCUCUGGUGGAGGAGCGACGAGGGCUGGACGAGAGCGCGCUUUUUCAUGUUCUACUCGAGGUUCAAAACCACCACCAAACAUCGACUGGUUCAUUAAUUCACAAAAAAUCGACUCUUCGCUUACACAGGUCGAAGUAGAUGGUGAUGUAACGAAAAGCAUAUUAACUUGGCGAGUUAGAAGAGAAGACAGCGGCAGGCAGCUAGUCUGUCGAGUGUCGAAUCCCUGGUUUCCAGCACAUACUUUAGAAGACGCUCUACAUUUAGAGGUUCUAUUCCCUCCGAUAUCACAAAUAUCAUUAGUAGAGCCGAAGGAGCCACGUCUUUUGCGGGAAGAUGAAGAUGCGGUCUUGCUAUGCUCUGCAGACUCAUCGCCACCGGCUUAUAAUUUCACAUUUUAUAAGGGUGCAGAGGACCACCUUUUACGAGACGAUCCGAUAGGGGGUAUAUCAGUGGAAGGAAACAAAUUAGUUCUGCGAGGACUGAGGAGACAUCACUCAGCCAGAUACCGCUGUCGAGCUUGGAAUUCAGAGGGCAGUGGUCUGAGUGAACCGCUGGCUAUAAAUAUUUUAUCCCGUCCUGAGUGCUCGGCCGGCAGCGUUGUCCAGCAACUAGCUGCAGCUCCUGAGGGUGAAGUACGAGCUCGCUGUUCAGUAUCCGCUCCUUCACCAAGAGACGCCGGGCCUUUGAGGUUCUACUGGACCUACAACGGGACCAAAGACGUUUUACCUAUUCCAGCAUCUAAUGUUACGGUAAUGGGAUCAUCUAGCACUGUUGUCCAUGGCUUGUCUUCAUUGGAUGACGAGGAAGAUUUAGGUUGGUUGGCUUGUUGGGCCAGCAAUGAUAUAGGAAACCAAAGAGAACCUUGCUUAUUUAGGAUUAUGCCAGCAGCUUUGCCGGAGCCUCCUCGAGAUUGCACCAUAGAAAAUGACUUUCUGCGCUGUCUCGCUGGACAUGAUGGUGGGCUACCACAGCGUUUUCUGCUGGAAGCCCUUGAGGUGCGCCGCGAGCCCGUGCGAGAUGAAUCAACUAUGAAUGAUCAGGGUAUCUCCGGACGCGGUCUGACGGAAGCCGUGUACAGAGCCAGUAAUGACGUAACUCCACAGUUCGCGUUAGAUGCAUUGUCACCAGGACGAUACACAUUUCUAGUAUACUCUGAAACACCUCGUGGGAGAUCUCAGCAUCCUGCGGCAUUACAUAGUAUACCAAUAAGGACUUCCGAUGAUUUGGAUGUUCCAGGUUCUUUGCAAACGAUGACACCAGCUCCACCAAUGGUUCCACAAACUGAUAAUAGCAUAGCUCUCCUGGUUGGCGCAGUAAUGUCUCUCAUACUCGUCACUAUAUUAACCACACUAUGUGUAACUUUGGUCAUCGUAUGCAAGAAGAAGCAACGUCCUCAAAGGGAUCCUGAACAAAACACGAUUCUUCGUAGAAGUGUUGGCGUGUCUAUGUACGGUGGGUCAUCGUUGUCUCAGAGUGUGAUGCCCACUGUGGUGGUGAGAGGUCAUCGAGGUUCCCGCGUGCUAGCUGCGCGUUGGUCCGGAGUGAUCGGUGACGCGCCGCUGGCUGUACUCGCACUGGACGACACUCCGAAUGUCGAAACAGAUUCAUCUCACAGUAAUGAAAUACAGGAAACAGCGCUUACGGGACCACAUAUAGGCACGUAAAUACAUGCGACUUAAUGAAUUAACAAUAGUUUUAUAUGUAGUUUUUAUUUCUCAAACCGUGGUUGUAACUUUCAACAAAUAUAUAUGUGAUAUAACAAAUGACUUUAUACAUGAUACGAAGGCUGUACUUGCUUGUCAGAAAUUCGAAGGUUUAAGUGAACUCGCAUACAGUAUUACUUAGUGAUAGUUACUUAUAAGUAAUUAAUGCUAUUUAUAUGAAAAUUAGAUAAGAAUCGUGUUUCGAAUUUCCAUUGUGUAGAGACGAUUAAUCAAUAAUAUUAACAAAUGUUCAUACGGGUAUAACUAUAGUUAUUGACUAUUGUAUUUAUAUUACUGAGGGUUAAAUGUAAUAAAUUAGGAUUGCAAAACAUGUUGUAACUCACCGAUAGUAGCUUUAUAUUAGCUUAUUCACAUUUUUAUAUAACUUUAGCUAAAGUAUUAUAAUUAUUAAUCUGACACUAUUUUAAAUAAUAUUACUAGGUUAAUUGAUCUGAACUAUGUAUGUCAAGUAAAAGGAAUGUUAAAAAAGGACGUUUCUUUGUCAAAAUCUAGUAUUAGUGAACAUUAAAGAAAAUACAUAACAUAUUUUAUUGUAAACAAGUAAUGUCUUCAAUUUAUUGGCCAUAUUGUUUUGUUCCUCAUAAAAAUAUGUAUACAAAUAUAAAUAAAUAUAAUUCAAGACCAAACAAAUAUUUCAAAAUCAAUCAAAUACUUAAAAAGAAAAAAUUCUUUCAUAUAUUUGCAAUAUUUAGUUAAGAAGCUGAAAUAAUUAAAAAGAGGCAAAUUUUUUUCCUCAAUGUUUAUUAAGACUCAACGAGUAGUGAAAUUCAAAUAAAUGUAUACGUUUUAGUAUUACAUUUCCAUGUUAAUUAAAUAAACGAUUAUUUUAUCAAUAA